AUGAACACCACCAAGCCGAACGCGGGUUUGAGCCCCGUGGAGGCACAAGACCUCGACUCACCGGAUCUCGAGAACGCGUUCCUCGCAGCUAUCGGCUUUGGGAAUGCUUCAAAGACCGCGACUAUAAAGCCAAAGGCCACAUCAGGGCUACAGCGUCCCGCUCAUCAAGAUAACCACGGCGCAAACAUCGACCACUCAUCCGGAAGCAACGUGGCCCGAACACAGCGAGCACGACCCAACAACCAGCCUGGACUCACCAACACCUACUGGGAUGCCCAGCGUAUCGCAAAGGGCAUCGUUGAUCCAUCGGCUUAUCCUCAAGCCGAGGCACGGACAGCCUGGCCCACGGCGGCCCAGUGGCCCGACCAAAUCACGACUAAUCCCGAGUCAUGGGGCCAGCCUGACGAAUCCAAGCCGACUUAUCGUCCACCAACUCGCCAGCCACUAUUGCCAGCUAACCCCAAUCCUAGGUACAGAAGGCCAGAGGCACGAGGCUACAGCCACCCUGUUAAAUCGCCCUCGCUUCACAGCGCAACAAAUAUCAGUGAUAUGGGCCGUCAACCUAGGGGUAGCCAGCGGGGACGCAGCCGGGGUGGUCCCUGGCGUGGAGGUGGUCCCCAGGGGGGGGACGCACCGACUGCUGAGAGGGAAAAAGAUGCGAUACCUCCUCCGCAACUCGAGGAAAUGAACGUCGACCUGCGUGAUUACCGACUGCCACGACCAAAUAUGAACUAUGCCGGAUCGACAUACAGCCUCCCGUCUUUGGGGUCCGGAUUCAACGUGAGCGACACCGGCGUUGGCACACAGGAUGAGGACGUUAGAAACACCAUCGGCCUGCUGCCUAGGAUCUACGCGUCAGCAAACUCGUGGACCAUGUACGGCGUCCGGACCAAAAGUGGCCGAAACGAGGAUGAGACCUUUUCGGAAUUGGCCUAUCUGAGGUUGUUUGUUGACGCUUGGCUAGAGGGAGUCCGUCACAACCCGGUAGUAACCUUCGACCAAGGCGACCAGGUUCACUGGAGGUGUGACAUCGACACAGUCACAGGGCGCCUCUUAGAACCCAUCAGCCAUCCUGAUUCAGUUGUUGGCAUAAGACCGAAGAAUCCGCAGGAGGAGUGGCGGCGCCAAAUUUGGAGCACGACCCUCUCGAUCAAAAAGUUCAACCAGCAAAGGAACGAGCGCUCUGGUAGAGACAGACGUCGUAACUACCCUAAGUUACCGGACUACGAGGGUCCGUCGGCAUUCAACGAGGACUUGGCCGUCGUAAUCGACGAGCCGGUGAUCGAGAGGCGCGAAUUCCACCGGUUUGUUCCACGGAUUCCCUCUUUCCUGCGUCCGGCCGAGAAGUAUGACAUGGAGGCGGUUCGGGCCAUCUACAACUGGGAGGUGGAACACGGCCUCCAAGCUCUCGACUCGCACCAUCUCAGAGUCGACGAGUUUGAGAAGAUCCUCAGCACCACGCAGCAACUCGGCAUGCCAUUCCUCGUUGCCGUCCGCGGUUCAGCCAGAAACCUGGGCUUGACCGGCUGCAACACCUCAUUCUCGGUGUUUAAGCAGAUCCCCUUCACUGAGGAGGAAAGGCGUGGCGAAAUCCUCGGCUUCGCCUUUCUGUCGGUUUGGCAGCCCGGCCUCGGAGGCAGCGGCCUCGGUAGCAGCAGAGCUACCGCCAGAAUCAACGUCUUCGUCCAUCCCGACUACAGGCGCAAUAAAAUCGGGUUCUCGCUCCUCGACAUGCUGCUGACGACCGUCUCGGACUGCUUCUCGUCCGAGACCGCAUACGACUUUGUCGACCCCGACAACAGUCGCGUGUACAAGAAGGGCCGCAGCCGCAAGCGACAACAUUUCAAACUGUACCUGAGCUAUCGCGUCAGGCACAAGCGUGGCAACGACAAGCUCGGGGAGGAGCAGAAGGCGAACGACGACGACGAGCUGGCCUGGGUCAAGAAACUGGCCGAGGACCACCUCAACUUUACCGAGCUCCAGCGUUUCGAGGCGGUUCAUCGCUCGCCCAAGGGCCGGCAUGAGCCGGUUUGCUGGCUGGAUGAGGUCGUCUUUGAGCACACUUGUGGUUUCGACCCGGCUACUGUUGAUGCGGACUACUAACUGUCCGUUGACGGGUGUCAACACUGGCUUUGGCAUGUUGUGAAGUGGAGGGUGGCCUGGCGACGGCAUUUGACGCGUUGUUGCUGUCGGGCGCACGGG